AUGCCCGACCUUCAUCGUACUUUGCCUGCAUCCUGGUAUCGUAGUCAAGGGCUCUAUCAACUUGAACGGAGAGCGGUGUUUCUGAAGUCAUGGUAUCUUUUAGGUCCCGUCACUCGAUUCCGUGAGGUGGGCGCACAAGUCGAAUACGAGAUCGCUCAGCGCCCACUGGUUGCUUUUCGAUGCUCCGGAGAUGGCCCUUAUCCUGGUGCAGAAGAGAUCCAGGUGCGAUGCUUGAAGACGGAACGACCACUAAGACAUCAUGUUACUCCCACAGGUCUGGUCUUCGCAGCCCUGGGGGACGAGGCCCCGGAUUUUCACGAGUAUUUCCCCGAGCUGGAACCGUUGCUCCAGAAAGUGAACUUCACCAAGCUUCCGUACCGCCACAGCAUCAAGUAUGAAGGUCGAUUCAACUGGAAGACUAUGGUGGAUGGCUACCAAGAGUGCCUGCAUUGCCAGUACACGCACCCGUCCUUCUCCGUCUACUACCCCCCGACCUCGUACGCGGUGCACAACCAUCGGAACUUCUCACAGCACAUCGCCGACCCCGACAAGCCGGAUGAUGGUCUGUUUCUCUACUUUUUCCCGAACUGCACCCUGAAUGUGUAUGGCGGGGGCAUGUCGUCGUUCCGCGUCUGUCCGACGGAGGAUCCUAAUGUGACGAGGAUGGAAUUCGACUACUACCACAUGGAAUCGGGCGAGAAGUUCGAGCAGUACUAUAAGUUCGUUCGGCAGGUGGCUAUGGAGGAUUACGAGCUGUGUGAGAAGGCCCAGGACAACCUUGUCAGGGGCAUUUAUAGCGAAGGGAUCUUGAACCCGGAGAAGGAGAAUGGGGUAUCGUUCUAUCAGGGUCGUGUGUUUGAGCUCGUGUGCGAGCAGUAUGCUGUUGAUCAAGUGGAACAAGUGGGGAGUAAGAAGGCAAUGGCAUAUAAGGAAGGAGCUGAGGUGACUAUGGCUGUUGUUGCAUGAUACCGGGAUGGAACGGUGCGGACAUCCGUGAUAGCUAAAUGGGUGGUUUGCCAUCAACGUUCGAGGCCAGAAGCAAGAAGAAUUGUCCCAUUAUUGUCCAUGCUGCUUGUAAGAAAGAUAAGAACUUGCCAAUCUCAAGUCCAAUGAUCGAAUGCAGCUCAAUCUUGAC